AAGCGGCGGCGGCGGUCAGAGCCGGAGCGGGGCCGGAGCCGCGGCCAUGGAGGGCCCGCGCUGGCUGCCGCUGGAGGCCAGCCUCGAGGUCACCAACCAGUUUCUCAAACAAUUAGGUUUACAUCCUAACUGGCAGUUUGUUGAUGUAUAUGGAAUGGAUCCUGAAUUACUUAGCAUGGUACCAAGACCAGUGUGUGCAGUGUUACUUCUCUUCCCUAUAACAGAAAAGUAUGAAGCAUUCAGAAUAGAAGAAGAGGAAAAAGUAAAAUCUCAGGGACAAGAUGUUACAUCAUCAUUAUAUUUCAUGAAGCAAACAAUCAGCAAUGCCUGUGGAACAAUUGGGCUGAUCCAUGCUAUUGCCAACAAUAAAGACAAGAUGCACUUUGAAUCUGGAUCAACCUUGAAAAAAUUCCUGGAGGAGUCUGUAUCAAUGAGCCCUGAAGAACGAGCCAGAUAUCUGGAGAAUUAUGACGCUAUUCGAGUUACUCAUGAGACCAGUGCCCAUGAAGGUCAGACUGAGGCACCAACUAUAGAUGAAAAAGUAGAUCUUCAUUUUAUUGCAUUAGUUCAUGUAGAUGGGCAUCUCUAUGAAUUAGAUGGAUGGAAACCAUUUCCAAUUAACCAUGGGGAAACUAGUGAUGAAACUUUACUAGAGGAUGCCAUAGAAUUUUGCAAGAAGUUUAUGGAAAGUGACCCUAAUGAACUGAGAUUCAAUGCAAUUGCUCUUUCUGCAGCAUAGCUUGUUCAAUAGUGGAAACACCAAAUAUUGUAUUAUUUGCAACAAAGAUGAAAUUUCUGCUGCCAUACACUUACUCAAAAUUUUUGAUAUUUUCAUUAACUUGACUGAUUAAACUUUAUGUGAAUUGAACUUUGAAAAAAAAA